AUGACGGAGAUCUGGAAGGCGCAGAAAAAACACCUUUGCUGCCUCCAGGACCCCCCUGGCGUGCAGCUGUAUAUGCAGACGGGGACCCUGCAGAAAGGGGGCCGCACACUGCCAACCUACAGAUGCGCCAGGGGGUCAACAUCUCUGGAGAGUUUCCAUCUCCACAUGAACCGGUUCAUCCCAGGAACUCUGGCCGGUGCCACGUUCUUCCAGGCCUAUCUGGUGGAUGGCCUUGCCAGGUGGAACGAGGACAUGGGCAUGGCUCUCGCCGAGGAGGUCAUAGGAAGGAGGGUCCUGGCAUACACCCCUCCACAGAGAUACACUGGUGAGCUCAUUGGAGUGGAGUAUUUGUAUCACCAGACUGGCCGUGCACUGGAGGACUACAAACUCACACUGGCUGCGUUGGAGACAGAGGAGGUGUCUGUGGCCAAGGAUGAGGGCUAUGUUGAGCCUGAGGUAGAGGAGUUAGAGGACUUUACUGUCCCCAUCCUGGAACCUCCCCCACUCGCUGGUCCCACCGCCACUCACCAGUGUGUUCCCAGCGCUUGCCACGCCUCUCACCAGUGUGCUCCCAGCGCCUGCCACUCCACUCACCAGUGUGCUCCCAGCGCCUGCCACGCCUCUCACCAGUGUGCUCCCAGCGCCUGCCACGCCACUCACCAGUGUGCUCCCGGGGCCUGCCGCACCACCCACUAGACGGUCCCCAGCGCGUGCCACGCCACUCACCAGUCAGUCCCCUGCCACUGCAGUGCCCUCCACUGCCCAGUCCCCAGCCGCCACAGGUGGGCUUGCCACAGCCCCUCCA